AAUCAGACUCGGAGAGGGGUUAUCGUCAGGGCGGGACUUCAGGCGGCGCUCCUCUCACACUAUAAAUAGCAGCCCCGUCCUCCUCCUCAGGCAACACAGUCUGCUACUACAGGAGAGGAUCUACCCUUUAAACCCGAGAAUCAACACAAAAGGUGAAGCAUGGCUCGUACCAAGCAGACCGCUCGUAAAUCCACCGGAGGAAAGGCGCCGAGGAAGCAGCUGGCCACCAAGGCUGCCAGGAAAAGCGCGCCCUCCACCGGCGGAGUGAAGAAGCCCCACAGAUACAGGCCCGGAACCGUCGCCCUGCGUGAGAUCCGUCGUUACCAGAAGUCGACCGAGCUGCUUAUCAGGAAGCUGCCCUUCCAGCGUCUCGUCAGGGAAAUCGCUCAGGAUUUCAAGACAGACCUGCGUUUCCAGAGUGCGGCCAUCGGUGCUCUGCAGGAAGCCAGCGAGGCCUACUUGGUGGGACUCUUCGAGGACACCAACUUGUGCGCCAUCCACGCGAAGAGGGUCACCAUCAUGCCCAAGGACAUUCAGCUGGCCAGGCGAAUUAGAGGGGAGCGUGCAUAAAUGAUUGGAUUUUAUAUUUUUACCAUAUGGGGGUGGGAGGGGCUGUCUGGGGUUUUGUUUUGUAAAUCUUGAACUCUUACCAGCAUGUGUAUCACCUGACUUGUCGUCUGUAGUUUCAGGCAUGUUUUCUUUUUUUUGUACUUCAUUUGUCAUUAAACUCUACUUUAUUCUCACUUGUCCUGUUAACUGUAGAAUAGAGCUUCAUAUCUGUAAAUUCUGAAACCAUAUUUCACUGCCUCUCAGGUUUGCAAGUCUAUUUUAGAAUCUGUACCUGUAACCCUGUGUGUGCAUGUCAUAGGGUUUCUCGUGCUGUAAAUAAACUAUCCGCUACCUCAAA